CCAAGGUCUAUUCGGGUGAAGCAUUACGAAUAGUGUCUGAUUUCUCAUACAUUUAUAAAGGCGAGUUGUGCUGGUCAGUCGCUUCUGUUCGGCACUGGAACAUCGACGAGUAAUCACUGGAACAUCGACGAGUAAUCACAGCCGCUAUGUCUGGUAAAGGUGUGGUACUUGUGGUCCUCCUAGCGGUGACCUGCUGGACUUCACAGGCGGCACCCCAAAGCUUCGUAAGGGUCCCUCUGACCAGAGACCCUGGAAGCUCGAUUCCUCCCUUCGAUUUUGAGGUGGAUCCUCCCAGCGACGAAUUACAAGUUCCUUCGACUCGUAGGCCCUCCUCCCCUUCCAGCCCUAUCCCUCCCUCCGAGGAAAAAGUGGACCCCCCAGCGAGGAAGUUCAAGUUCCAUCGACCCGUAGCCCUGGUUUCUCACGGUCGAUUUUGGGAAAGGAUUCUGAAAAAGAUAUCAGCUUCGCGACCUUGUUCUCUUCGCUGAAUAAGCUCAACGUCGUGGAUUUGAGGACCCCGGAUGAGCUCCAGCUCUUCGGGAUGAUUCCCGGGUCAAAGAACCUACCACUACAGGAACUCAACGCUGCCCUAGACCUAUCGGAAGAGGCAUUCCACGCCAAGUACGGAUUCCCAAAACUGAGCCCGGAUGACGACACCCUGGUUCUCACCUGCAGAUCCGGGAGAAGGGUCCGGGUGGCGGAUCAGAUCCUGAAAUCCAGGGGGUUCACAAAGCACAGAAUCUAUUACGGCUCUUUCAUAGAAUGGGUGAUGAAAGGUGGCCCAAUUGUCAAGCCAUAGAUCAGCUGAUUGUGAACAAAGUACAAAGGGUGAAUUGUUACACCUUCCACUUUACUACUAAGAGUGUUAGAUUCCGUUAUGCGUCUCUUAUGUGUCAUUGACUGUCAUGAUAGCGUGCUCGUGUGAGUUUGCGUUCGUGUUAUCCGUUUAGGAGAUUAGAAUUUAAGUUUUAUUUAUGUACAUAGCUAAAAUACGCUUUAGAUUUAAGGUUUCUUUAUGUACAUAGCUAAAAUAAGGUUUAUUUAUGUACAUAGCUAAAAUACGCUUUAGGUUUAAGCUAUUUAUGCGAGAAAAAAUGCUGGAUCAUGCGUAAGGUGUUAAUAAAUGAUAUACACUGUC